AUGGCACAGACUUGCCAACAAGCAUUUUCUUUGUACCUCCGACUUGAUUCAAAACUACUUAUAUCAACCAAACAUAAUCCUGGAAAGGCUCAGGCACAAAAGAGGAACUCAGGAUCCAUAUCUGGCUCAUUACUUUGCAGAACUGCUCCUGGCCCCAGCAUUAUGAACCAUUUUCUAUGGAGAUAUAUCAUAGUUGCUGUAUCCUUAGUCUUCCUGGGCUUCAUCUUCCAAGAGAAUAACCAAGAGCAUGUUGAGUACAGUCUAUCAAUGGAGGAAAAGAGAAGAACUGUGUGGCAGCUACUUCAGGAGGAAAUCAAAUCUGAAAACAAGAAACAUCUGGAGACCUUCAAGAAAAUGCGGAAAAACUAUCCUUUACUCCAACACACCAACUACAAAUUCCUGGCUGGAACUAUUCCCCAGGAAAAGAAACUGCUUACGGUGGGGAUUUCCUCAGUGCACCGUCCUCGUGGAAGUGACCUCUUGAGCACCCUGCAGUCUCUGUUCCAUGCAUCCUCAGAACCUGAGCUGAAGUAUAUCACAGUGCUGGUCCAUCUGUCAGAUCCUGACCCUGAAUGGCUCAGCCAAACAGUGGCCAAUAUUUCAAGUCUCUUCAAACAACAUAUUGAGGCCCAGAAACUGCUCGUGAUCCAUGGUUUUCUCAAUGAUCCUUCUCUCCCAGAAGAUCUGAAUAACACCAAUCACUUCUCAUCCUGUGAAGCACUUUAUUUCAGGCAGAAAGCAGAUUAUGCCCUCCUCAUGAACUUUGCUAGCAACCUCUCUGAUUACUUUCUGAUGAUAGGAGAUGAUGUUCAUUUUGCUCCCAAAUUUGUUUACGCCAUCUAUUGGGCACUAUCAGCCUGGAAAGAAAUACAUUGGGUGAUCCUGGAAUUCUCCAGCUUGAGCUUCUCUGGGAAAGUUUUCCACACAAGUGACCUCUCCCGCCUGACCUCAUUCUUCUUCCUCUUCCCUAAGGACACGCCUACUGACUUGCUUCUCUCCAAAUUCCGCUUUCUUUUGGCCCAAGACAUUCCAAUUCGUUUCAGUCCCUCCAUCUUCCAUCACAUGCACAAUUAUUCUGUGGUAGAGGACACAUGCUUUCCUGUGGAUAAGGAAAAGGUCUUUGAUGAACCAGACAACCCUCUUGCCAGUGUCAUCACUGAUAUGAUGACAGUAGGGAAUUUUUUUCCACAAUAUGCCUAUAUUCUGAAUGAGGAGUACUAUGCUACCUUAGAUCCUUUGAAAGGCAACCACCUGACAGUGAUUUUGGAAAGGCCACAAAAAGUCACCCGGAUAGUAGUGCUGACAGGCUUUCAUAAAGAAGGGAUGUACCAACUGCAGCAGGGGCAAGUAGAACUAGGCUAUGAUCCCAUGGAGGAUUCCAAAGGCUGUGCCCGCUAUACCCUGCUGGGGCCACUGGUGGAAGGAAAUUUGGACCAGAUGGUAUUUUAUGAAGAUGAUUCUGUGGAGGAAUUGAGUUGUAUACGACUGCUGGUGCUAGCAUCUCAAGAUUCUUGGCUCCUGGUUAGGCAGAUCAAAGUCUGGACUGAGCCUGAGGAAGAGAUGAGUUAG